AUGUCGCACGCUAUCACUGCCUUCGAGCACAAGACUGAUGGCCCUGACAAUCACAACCAAGCCAAACUUCAACUACUGCUAAAGAACAAGCUUCAAGGCGUACCGCCUAACCACCUCCCCACAGUCACACUAGCGGACAUCCUCGACCAAACUCCACGAGCGCUAGAUAUCGCCAACAUACCACCAGAUAUCCAACUCCCGUUUUUCCUCCACAACCGCGCCGCCAUCGACCGCUACGCGAGCAAGCCCAUCAAAGAUGGAGAAAAACAAAGUAUGGAAAUCACUCGAGCGAUCUGGUUCUACCGACUCGACCAAACGCACCAUUUCCAACGCUUCCAUGACACCAUGAGGUGGAACACCGCGAUCUUCGUUGCGCUGUUAGCUCAACACUCGCAGUCAAGCGACCAGAGUAACUCUGCAUACAGUGAAGCAGGAGUACUCGAUCGUCGUCGUGGAACCAUAGACUCCUACCGCCCCGGACGGGUUACCACUCCCACACACGCACCCAUCCCUCCUGCUGCCAUUCGUUUCAUAAAGCAAUACCUCGCCGCCGUCAUCGAACACCACAACACACCCACCUCCAGCUUUGCCGCCCGAGAGUCCUUCAUCCUGACAUGGAAAACCGGACCAUGGGAAUUAUUCACCGUGUUUGGCGGUGCGCAGAAGAAGCUGCUCAAGAACGCUAUGAAGAAGCUGAGCAAAGACUGGGAGGCUGAGUUGCGUGUUGCAGAGUCACAGUUGGGUAGGGAGCGGUACGAGAGGAAGGUUGGCAAGUUUGUUGGUGGGGUGGUGCCUGGGAAGAGGGAGAUGGGUGUGCGUGCUGAGGAGGGGAAGAGCGAGGGUGGGAAUGUCGAUAUGGCAAACUUGGUGUUGCCUGAGCGGGUAGAAGGCGAAGGCGAAGACGAUAGUGGUAAUAGACUGUUGCAGGCGCUUCUGGCUCCGUACGUACCGCAGACCAAUGAGGCUAGGGGGCAGGAUGGAAAGGGGGCCAAGACUGGUGCAACUGAGGUCGAAGGAACACUGGUCACGGAUGUGAGGUCUGCUAUUGCGGCUUUGCAGACGAUGGAGCCGAGGGAUAUUCUACCGGUGCUUAUCCGCUUGUUUCCAGCAUAA